AUGACACCAUCAUGGGAUGCUCAUGGUUGUUGAUUUUGGGCCUCGUCCUAAAUGUUGCUCAUUGCUUGGAAAUUCUGGGUCUGGACGGAUAUCCGAAUCUUGAGGUCUCCCGCAACGUCACGGCCGUCCUGGGCGAGGACGCGUAUCUGAGCUGCAGAUAUCUGGGUGACAGUCUGAUCCAGACCGCCAAGUGGAAACGGCAAGGUAACUCUAAAGGCACAGCAAAGAGCCUGGCGGGGUUUAGACUCGGCAAACCUUUUGGCCGGGACAACUUCUCGAACCCAGAAUCUCUCACCAACCUCACAGUUCAGAUGAAGGUGUCCAGUGUGGGAGUGGAGGGAGAAUACAUCUGUGAGUUUGAAUCGGAUGAGGAGAAUUUCUUUGCAAGCGUGUUCGUCUCUGUAGUAGCUCGGCCUCAUAUUCAGAUCCUGGUGGAUGCGGAGACCAUAAAUGAUACUCACUUCCAGUCUGUGUCGUGCUCUGCCGUCGGUGGCAGACCCACGCCUCAGAUCAGCUGGCUGGUCGGCGGGCUUCCUCCUUCAGAUCACUUCUUCACUGUGAACGUGACUGAAACUCUGCACUCCAACGGUACCUCCACCCUGAGCAGCGUCCUCCGCUUCCCCACCCGCCUGCAGGACGAAAACAGCGUGACCUGCGUGGUCCAACACCCGACCCUCCCACAGCCUGAGCUCACCACAGCCGAGGUGGAAUCCUACACGAGGCCAAAUGUGACCAUUAAAGCAGAGAUGGUACAGCGAGGAGAAAACGAUUCCUGGGUGGUCUCUUGCGUUUCAUCUGGAGGGAGACCCGACACUGACAUCUCUUUGGCUUUGAACACGACAGAGGAGCUGCACAGGGAGAGCGACACGGAUUCAGACGUACAGAAAGUGUCCGUCUAUCUCCCUGCCACUGAGCAUGAAGGCCGCACCGUCACCUGUGUGUUUGACCACCCAAAGUUCACACAAAAGGAAUCACGAGUCUUAACUCUCCCGACUUUCUAUUUGUCUGGAGUUCAGUUGAACUCCGAGCUGGGAAACAUCAGCGACGACUUCCAAGCCACUGAAUAUUUAGAGCUGCAGGAAGGAGAGAGUGACGUCGUUAUCGGCCUGGAGGUCUCGGGGAACGUGCCACGUUACAAUAUUAUCUGCAGCAAAGAUGACGGGCCCUUGCCUGAGGGCGUGGAGCUGGUUGGCAUGAGCCUCGUGGUUCAGGGUCCUGUGGAGCAUCAGCACGCUGGUCUGUACGAGUGUGUCGUCUCUUAUCACCAUCUCGAAGCGGCGCUGCGGUUUAAUGUGACCGUUAAAGCUCCAGUCGUACACUCUGUUCCUCCCACAAUAGGGGUUGAUUUGCGGACCGAAGAUGGACGCUGGGUGAUUGAGUGCUCAGCAGCUGAUGCUGUUCCUGCAGCCAACGUGUCCUGGCUCCUACCAGAGGGUGUGUCUGAGGACUUUUGGUUCAAUUCCACUUCUCAGAAUGGAAGCCACUCUGUCAGGGGAGUUUUACUCCUCCCUGCCUGCUCGCCUCAGGAGCUCACUGCAGAGUGUGUGAUAAAUCACCCAGCAUUUGAGGAACCAGAGAACAGAAGCAUAAUACUCCCUCUUUGCGCUCGGCCCAACAUCACCAUCAGCGCCAGCACUGAGUGGAAAGACGGUCACAAGCACACGAAGCUGGACUGCUCUGCAGACAGCUCUGCUCCUGCAGCAGCUAUAACCUGGCAUGUUGGGAACUCUGACGACAACAUCAGCCAUGUGACGGAGGCUGAAGUCCAGGCUGAUGGGUCGGUGUCGGCCCGCAGCUCUGUGCACUUUCUAUCCUCUCUGUAUGCUGGUCAGAAUCUGACGUGCACGGUGCAGCAUCCGAGCCUGGAGGCACCAGAAAGAAGAACAAUACACCUUCCUGUGCACAAAGCCCCUCUGCUGAGUGUGUCACUGGUGCAACAGCAAGACCCUUCUCCCUGGCUGGCAGUGUGUCGCUGCAGAGGGGAGGGUGUCGGGAAAAACCUCGCCUGGAUCCUUCCUGAAAAUGCCAAAAGUCAAACGUCCCUGCACUCAGAAUAUGAAGGGCACAUGCUGGAAGCCAGGCUGACUUAUCAGUUUCCUCUGGCCCGUCAUGAAGGGCAGGACCUGAGCUGUGUGUACCAGUUUGAAAAUGGGAACACAGAGAAGAAGACGGUUCAUGUCCCCAGAUACUAUAUCACCUCUUUGAGAGUCCUGAACCACACGACUCCUCUGAAAAGCCGCUACACUGCUCAGCCUGUUGUCCACCGACUGUCGCUGCACGAGAAUCAUCACAACCAGAAAAUCCUGCUCCGAGUCGAAGGAAACGUGCCGGAGUACAACCUCAACUGUCAAAGGAGUGACGGUUCAUCUGUCCCAAUGGAAGGAGCUGCAAUGAUCCUCCAGUCAGAGCGCACAGAUAAAGGCCUGUACACCUGCUUGGCGUCUUUCUAUCACCACACAGCCACCGUCAACAUUCAAGUAGAGGUCAUAAAUGAGAGUGAACAGUUUGCGCUGAUGGCCAUGAUCUGCAUCUCCACGGCGUCCGCCAUCCUCCUCAUCUUGGUCGUCACCAUUUGCGUGUGCUGCAAAAGAAACACCCGGAAGGAGUAUAAGAAGCGGGAGUCUGUCUCGGCCUUGACGGCUCUGAUGCACGAACCCACCUCUCCGCAGGUGAAGAAGUCGGCGGCGACGGAAAAGGACAGUAAAGAAUACGCUCAGCUGGUCAGCUACUCCAUCGUCAUCGACGUCAAGAGUACGGUGUGAAGACAAGAGGUGCUUUCUUGGCCACUUUCAGCUUAACGUUGUGCACAAACUAUAGAUGUGAAGGCUUACCGGAACCGCAGCAAUGUUUGUGAUCUCAGUGUGUUUUUAUGCGACUGUAGCAUUUAAAAGUGAAACUGUAAAUGUACUGGAUUAUUAGAGUUCUUAUAGAGAUUGGCAUUAAUGAUCUGAAAAGCAGAAAUUUUGCACUUUUUUUUUCUCUUACUUGAAUUUUGCAUUCCAUUGUACACACAUUGUAUUUUCAGGGAUUUUUUUAAAAACUUGUCAAUAAAGUGAUUCAAAUGUAA